AAGAGAGGAAAGAAAUAGACAAAUCUUGAAGAAAUAAUGACAGCUCAAAGAAAUCCUAGAGGAUUUGAAGAAUCACCGGAGAUGGCUUAAAUUUCUCCCGAAAAAAAGAAAAGAAAAAAAAAAAAAGGAUUAAUUGCACUCUCCCGCCGUUACCGGAGACCGAAUCCGUGUCGUCGGGGCUGAUCUCCACCUGAAAACCCUCGCAUUCUUUCACUCUUCUUUCGCCGCCAUGAUAUCUCUCCCCUCCGUCUCUUCUCCGCUAAACUUUUCUCUCCUGCCCACCUCUUCCGCAUCUCCUAAAACCCUAAGUUAUCGUCCUCUUCUCUCUAAACACUCUCCGUCUCGCGGCCCCCCCGUCGAGUUUUCUGCACUCGCAUCUUCUUCUCAUAAGCUGGUCUCCUUCAACGGAGCAUCCGCGGGUUCUGUUUUUGGAUCAGAGCCUCAAAAAGAUCAAUCUUCCUUUUGGGCUUCUUCCUCUCCUUUGUAUGUUUCUCCUCCCCAGACGCCGGACACCGCGAUGAGGGGUGCUGAGUCCGACGUGAUGGGCUUGCUGUUGAGAGAGAGGAUUGUGUUUCUAGGAAGUGGCAUAGAUGAUUUUGUGGCGGAUGCUAUUAUCAGCCAGCUGCUGCUCCUGGAUGCUCAGGAUCCUAGUAGAGACAUAAGGCUGUUUAUUAAUUCUCCAGGAGGAUCCCUCAGUGCAACGAUGGCCAUAUACGAUGUGGUUCAGCUCGUGAGAGCUGAUGUAUCGACAGUCGCACUCGGAAUCGCCGCCUCCACGUCAUCCAUCAUCCUCGGCGGUGGAGCGAAGGGAAAACGUCUAGCGAUGCCGAAUACACGAAUAAUGCUCCAUCAGCCUCUCGGCGGAGCCAGCGGUCAGGCCAUUGAUGUCGAGAUCCAGGCCAGAGAAAUCAUGCACAAUAAAGACAAUAUCACAAGAAUAAUCUCGAGCUUUACAGGACGACCCUUCGAGCAAGUUCAGAAAGAUAUUGAUAGAGAUCGUUAUAUGUCACCCAUAGAGGCCGUUGAAUACGGUAUUAUCGACGGUGUUAUUGACCGAGAUUCUAUCAUUCAGUUGUUACCUGUCCCAGAGAAAGUCAAGCCAAAGUACAGCUAUGAGGAGAUUAGUAAGGAUCCCAGAAAAUUUUUAACCCCGGAGGUUCCUGAUGAUGAGAUAUAUUAGCCGAGGACCAUCCUACACCUGGUACUUUUUCACUUCGUCUAUUUUGCUGCUUUUUCUUAUUGUUGUAAUUUAACCUUGUUGUUUUAUUAUGGACUUUAUUUGGCAAAGCUGUUAGGGGAAAUUUACAAACGCAGCACACAAGUCAUAUGUAUUUACAUAUCUUAAACCUAAACUUUUAUAUUUUCAC